GUUUCACAUCAGACAGCAAAUAAGCUUUUGUUGCUUUGUGCCAAAUGUAGGAUCCUUACUGCUCGCUCUCCCUCUGAAUUUCUCUUAUUCUCUGCUCAAAUCAAAGCAAAAGAGAAAAAAGCUUCAAUCGAUCAUCUUCUUCAGCUUCAAAUCCACAAAUCUAAGCAGGUUACAGAGAUUUCUGAGUGUUUUUCUUCUUAAAUCUGAUGUCUCCACCACUACUUGGUGUUGUGGAGGAGGGUGGUCAGAGCAAUGUCACUCUACUGGCUUCUUCAACCUCUGCAGAAAGCAUAUGCCAGAAUAGCUCUAACUUGAAAGAGCGAAACUAUAUGGGACUGUCAGAUUGUUCUUCUGUGGACAGUUCAGUAGUUCCUGCUGCAUCUGAUGACAGCAAGACUCGUCUCAAUCUGAAAGCUACAGAACUGCGACUUGGUCUUCCCGGGUCUCAAUCUCCUCGAAGGAAUUCAGAUCUUAGCCUGUUGAGCUCUACACAACUUGAUGAGAAGCCCUUCUUUCCCUUGCACCCCUCUAAUGAUGUUCACUGCUCUUCAGCACAGAAAAAUGUGGUUUUGGGUAACAAAAGAGGGUUCUCUGACACCAUGGAUGGCUUCUCAGAGGGUAAAUUUAUUUCAAAUUCAGAGGUUAAUGUGAUGCUGUCACCUAGGCCCUCCCCAAACUUGGGACUGAAACCUGGUUCUGCACUUGAGAGCUUUGGGACUCAAGCAGCUAAAGUGAAGGACAUAGCUUCCCCAAAGGUACCGCAGGAGAGGCCUCGUGGAGUAAAUGAUAAUAGACCAAGUCACAAUGCUUCUGCAAACAACAACAGUAGCGCACCUGCUACCAAGGCACAGGUUGUGGGUUGGCCACCUAUCAGAUCAUUUAGGAAGAACUCUCUUGCUACCACGUCAAAGAACACGGAAGAAGUGGAUGGAAAAGCUGGAUCUGGUGCUUUGUUUGUCAAGGUUAGCAUGGAUGGUGCCCCUUAUUUAAGGAAAGUGGACUUGACAAACUACUCUGCAUAUCAGGAACUGUCUUCUGCCCUCGAGAAGAUGUUCAGCUGCUUUACCAUAGGCCAAUAUGGAUCUCAUGGAGCUCUGGGAAGGGAGUUGCUGAGUGAGAGCAAGCUGAAGGAUCUUCUUCAUGGGUCAGAAUAUGUUCUUACCUAUGAGGAUAAAGAUGGAGACUGGAUGCUUGUUGGUGAUGUUCCAUGGGAGAUGUUUAUUGAUACAUGCAAGAGGCUGAGGAUCAUGAAGAGCUCUGAUGCAAUUGGCCUAGCCCCAAGGGCUGUGGAGAAAUGCAAGAAUAGGAACUAGCCAACAGUGCUAUCGGUCCAGCACAUCAGGGUUGAAACUUUUGAAAUUGGUACCUGUUCAUGGUUCAAAUUGCCGGCAAGGGGAGCCAGGAAAGAUAAGGUGUUGGACUGGGCACAAUAUCAUGGGUAUCUGUGUUUAUGAUCUUACUGUGUUUGAGUUUUUCCCUUCAAAGCAUGCAUGUUUUCUAAGCUCUGUUAAGUUUAUAAAAUCAUAAAACUCCAAAGACAUGGGUAUUUGGGAGUGCCAUUAUUAUUCUGUGUUAAAGUCUGGACAAGUUCCUUCAAUACGGAACCGUAGUCUGUAAAGUGCAUGGUUUGUUGAUCUCAUUAUGUAAUGUUUGUCUGGUGAAAACCUCUGAUUUCAGGCAAAAUCUAGGAACCUGACCAUAUUUUUAACAUCUA